UCCCUCAGAGCGGCACCCUCCCGCGGGCUGUUCCCACCCAGACGCCUCCCUCCCUCCACACCUCUGAUCCUCUUAUCAGCGAGGAAGCGGCCAAGAUGGAUGUUGUAAACCAGCUGGUGGCCCAAGGGCAGUUCACCAUAAUCAAACAACCGUUGGGAUUUAUCAAAGCUCUACAAUGGAUCUUUGCCAUCUUUGCCUUCUCCACAUGUGGCAGCUACUCUGGCAUGUUCAAGAUGAGCGUGGAGUGUAAAGAGCGAUCAGAAAGUGACCUAGACAUUGAAGUAGAAUUUGAAUAUCCUUUCAGGCUCCAUCAGGUUUACUUCGAUGCCCCCAAAUGCGCUGGAGCAGAACAGGACCGUUAUUUCCUGAUCGGGGACUACUCCUCCUCAGCCGAGUUCUUCGUCACCAUCGGUGUCUUUUCUUUCCUCUACUCGAUGGCAGCCCUCGCUGUGUACUGUUUUAUCCUGGAGAAGUACCGUGAAAACAACAAGGGACCUCAGAUUGACUUUGUGGUGACGGCAGUGUUUGCCUUCAUGUGGCUGGUGUCUUCAUGUGCUUGGGCUAAAGGCCUGUCUGAUGUGAAGUCAGGCACGGAUCCCGAGAGGGUCCUCGAAACCAUCCCAGCCUGCAAAGAGAGAGAAAAUACCUGCAGGGAGGUCUAUGAUCCCAAGGUGUCCGGCCUCAACACCUCCGUGGCUUUCGGCUUCAUCAACGUGAUCCUGUGGUUGGGAAACCUGUGGUUCGUCUUCAAAGAGACCGGAUGGAUGGGUGCAUUCGCCGGAACGUACGUCCCAUCGCAGGAGAAGCAGCCCGCUCCCGAAUCCUUCGGCCAGGGGGAGUACGGACAGCAGCCGGACCCCUACGCCGGAUCCCAAGGCGGGUACCAGCCCGACUACGGCCAGCAGGGCUACGAGGACGGAGGUUACAACCAAGGCUAUGAGCAGCAGCAGCAGCCCACCUCCUUCUCCAAUCAGAUGUGAGCCUGUCCAGCCAGACCACAGCCGCAGGAUGGUGACGUGGUGAUUUUGAAGAGCGGCUCUUGACCACCACCUCCAUUUCCACACUCCUCUGUUUGUCUGUUUGUGUAUCUGUUGGUGGACAGGCGGCGGGAGGGGAGGCGUGGAGGGCAUGUGCUCGUGCAGCUGGGGAAGGGACGGCCGCCAGGGCCG